UGUGACUUCAACUCUUCCCUCCUGCAGCUCCCCAGAGCCACGGAAGUUUCCUGCUCAGUAUUUAAUUGCAUUUGAACUCCGGCGUUGCGAGAUGAUGAAAUGAUGUGUUGAGGUAGUUGAACCCACCAGAUGAAGCCGUCGCCGCGUGGCAUGGCGCGGCGCUGCUGUGAGUGAACAGAGCCACCUUAAAGGAAGCAGCCCGCUGAUGUCAGACACCCGCCGCCGGUUCAGCGCCGCUCCGCCGUUUCAAAUCUCCAUCUGCGCUGCUGCCCUCGUCACUUUCUUCAGCUGAUGUCUCGCCUGCGUCCACGGGAGUAGCUUAUUUCAGCCUCUUCGCAAACACAUUCCACUGAGCUGUGUCAGUUGAGACCUGAGCCAAAUCCUCGCCUCGGGGAGAGAAAGGUCUGAAUGUCAUUGGGCUUGGGAAAAGAGAUGGCUGAGAAGGGACUUUGGCAUUUAUCCCAGCGACAAUAAAGGAUUUUACUCUAACUAAUGGUUCCACCCUGUGUGAGGCGGUCUCUGCUGCUGUUAACCCACAUACAGGCCUACCCCACCCCUCCUCCCCCUUCGCCAGCGCAGGGCAGCCACAGAAGCGUUGGCUUGAUUCCAGGGAGGUUCCGAUCCUGCAGCCACGUCAAUCACGUCUUCACCGCUGGCUGCGGGGCGGCCCUCGUGGCCGGGAUGCCACUGUGUGCCGUGCCAGUCCACAGUGGACGGUGAGGGACAGGAGGAGGGGACCGAGUGCAGGAGACUGAGAGGAGGCCCGCACCAAACAGGAGAAAUGAACCUCUGCUGGAAUGAGAUCAAACGCAAGUCCCACAACAUCCGGGUGCGGCUUGAGGCCUUCUCCGAUAACAGCGGGAAGCUGCAGCUCUCUCUGCAGGAGAUCAUUGAAUGGCUGACAGCCAAGGACGAGGAGCUGUCUGAGCAGCUGCCGAUAGGAGGCGACGUGGGGGCUGUCCAGCACCAGAGGGAGUUCCACCAGGUAUUCAUGGAGGAUGUCAAGUCUCACGGGCCGUUCAUCUACUCAGUCUUGGAGUCUGCCCAAGCCUUUCUGGCUCAGCAUCCCUUCCAGGAGCCAGAGGAGACCCUGACCGAUGGAAAAGAGGUGUCUCCACGCCGGCGAAUCUUAAAUGUGAGCCGCUCAGUGUGGAAGCAGGCAAAUGUGGCCAGUGACCUGUGGGAGAAGCUGACAGCACGCUGUGUGGACCGCCAUAGACACAUGGAGAGGACUUUAGAGCGUCUACUCCAAAUCCAGGCAGCAAUGGAGGAGCUAACAGUGGCCCUGGAGCAGGCAGAGGGGGUAAGAGAUGCCUGGGAGCCCGUGGGAGACCUCUUCAUCGACUCUCUGCAAGACCACAUAGACGCAACUAAGUUAUUUAAGGAGGAGCUGACCCAAGUAAAGGAGGGCAUGAAGCACAUCAAUGAUCUGGCCCACCAGCUUGCUAUCUCCGAUGUCCAUUUGUCGAUGGAGAACGCCCGCACCCUGGAGCAUCUCAACAGCAGAUGGAAAGUGCUUCAGGCUUCCAUAGAGGAACGGCUGAAGCAGCUCCAGGAUGCACAUCGAGACUUUGGCCCCGGAUCACAGCACUUCCUUUCCAGUUCAGUGCAGAUACCGUGGGAGCGUGCCAUCUCCCCCAACAAAGUGCCCUACUACAUCAACCAUCAGGCCCAGACAACGUGCUGGGACCAUCCAAAGAUGACAGAACUGUAUCAAGCACUAGCGGAUCUGAACAACAUCAAGUUCUCAGCAUACAGAACAGCCAUGAAGCUGCGUCGAGUUCAGAAGGCUCUGAGAUUGGAUUUAGUAGCGCUGAGCAGCCUCGGGGAGGUAUUUCGGGAGCAGGAGCUGCAGCAAGGGGAGCAUGUGAUGGACGUGGUGGAGAUGAUCCAUGGCCUGACGGCUCUGUAUGAGAGGCUGGAGGAGGAGAGGUCCGUCCUGGUCAACAUUCCACUUUGCGUUGACAUGUGUCUCAACUGGCUGCUCAACGUCUACGACAGUGCUCGCAAUGGCAAAAUGCGAGUUCUCAGCUUCAAGAUGGGAUUGGUGAGCUUGUGCAAUGCAGACGUCCAAGAGAAGUACAAAUAUUUAUUCCGUCAGGUGUCUGGUCCUGGAGGUUUGACAGACCAGCGUCACCUCAGCCUGCUGCUCCAUGAAGCCAUCCAGAUCCCCCGCCAGUUGGGUGAAGUCGCUGCUUUUGGGGGCAGCAAUGUGGAGCCCAGCGUCCGCAGCUGCUUCCGAGUGGCCCCAGGAAAACCUGCAAUUGAGGUGUCUCACUUCCUGGAGUGGAUGAGCCUGGAGCCACAGUCAAUGGUUUGGCUGCCUGUCCUCCACCGUGUGGCUGCUGCAGAGUCAACCAAGCACCAGGCCAAAUGCUACGUGUGCAAACAGUGUCCCAUCAAGGGCUUCAGGUAUCGCAGUCUGAAGCAGUUCAAUGUGGACAUCUGCCAGACAUGUUUUCUAACCGGACGCACUACGAAGGGAAAGAAGCUGCACUACCCCAUCAUGGAGUACUACACACCAACAACCUCGGGAGAGAAGAUGAGGGACUUUGCCAAGACUCUGAAGAAUAAGUUCAGGUCAAAGCAGUAUUUCACCAAGCAUCCGCAAAGAGGUUACCUGCCGGUGCAAUCUGUGCUGGAAGCCGAGAGCUCGGAGACGCCAUGCUCUUCGCCCAAGCUGCCUCAUGCAGACACACACAGCAGGAUUGAACAUUAUGCCAGCAGAUUGGCGGAAAUGGAGAGCCAGAAUUGUUCAUUCUUCACGGAUAGCCUGUCUCCUGAUGAAAGUCUGGAUGAAGAUCAGUACCUCCUGCGUCACUCCAGCCCAGCCCUGGACCAUGACUCACCCUGCGGACAGCACAUGUUGCUGGCCCACCUGGAGCACCAGGACAAGGAUCAGCUCCAAUGCACCCUGGCCCGCCUGGAGAAUGAGAACAGGGUGCUGCAGAGCGAGUACAGGAGGCUCAAGUGGAAGCACGAGGAGGCAGCAUCAGUUCCCAUGCUGACUGAGGCUGGAGAGUGCGGCCCAGGUUCACCCACUGAGGAAGGGCAGCAGGAUGAGGAGCUCCUGGCUGAGGCACGGGUCCUCCGGCAACACAAGACACGUCUGGAGACCCGUAUGCAGAUCCUGGAGGAUCACAACAAACAGCUGGAGUCCCAGCUUCGUAGGCUCAGGGAGCUACUGCUACAGCCCAAAGAUGACUCGGAGGCCAACGGAUCAGAGCCGUCAACUCUGUCUUCUCCCGUGUCUGGAGGGGGUCACCAUGGAGAACCUGCCAGCAGAGAGACCACUGACACUGAAGCAGCAGGAGAUGAUAUGGAGCACGAACAGGAUACGGUGCUGCAGCUCCAGGAAGUCAUCGAGCAGCUGAGAAACGUCUUCCCUUCAGAACCGGGCACCACCUCACACAUCUAAUCCCAAGUGGGCCUGGAGGAGCAGAGUGAAAACCUAAAAGUAUGCCUGAUGGCAGAGGGAGGAGCUCCACACGUCUGUGAUCAGGCCACAGUACAACAGGCCCUGUGAUCAUUGCAGCAGCUAUGAUAUCCAGAGCUAACUAUUGACUGGAAUCUGUGCACUAAAAGCCUUUUUCAUGCAAACUGAUAAAGGCUCAUGCUAAUGUCCGUUUGGCCAGGCUGGGCUUCAUAAUUUUAAUGGCACAGCCUGACACCAUGUUAACGAGCCAAAGGAAACUAACGUUAGCAGCAGGUCUGGGAGAGACUGAAGUAAUGGCAAGUGCCCACUACAGGAUUUUAGUCCUGAUUUUCUGCUCACCAACAGUUUUUGGAGCUCCGUGAUAAAAGCCCCAUAUUGUAGGCAAUCGACAUCGGCUUUGCACUUGUGUGCACAUGCUCCAACGUGAUUUUCGAAACUGUUCAAAAACGUGAAACAAGAAGCUCACUGGUUACCUAGCACACCAUCUGAAUUCCCACAAGAUCACACGAGAAUUCUUUAAGUAUUGCGAUAUUUUGAACUACCAGCUUUCUGAACAAAUCAGCGUCCACUGAGGAGCUACUGGCAGCUACAGACGUGGUUUAGGUGUGUGCAACAAUAGCAGUUGUAUAGAAAGAUGAUUCAUCCAAUCACCUGCCAUGUAGUUUUUGAAAGUGUUGUUUUCCAAACAUUUUCCAAUGAUAGCUUCUUAGAUGGUUCUGUGUAAAAAAACAUCUGGCGCCUCAGGUUAGCUUGCAGGUGCCUCGCAGACACAUUUUGGAUAUUUAGCAGGCUAAAUAUCUGGAGCUCUCAGGAACUCUGCCAGGGAGCUACAGCCAAUGAGAGCGCAAGACACAAGCUGAGGGGAAACCAGGUGGAAAGGUUGCCUGUACUUUAUUUACUGUGAGUGUUGCAUUUCCUACACGGACCAAAGUUGUUGUUGCACAUAGAGAAAGCAGGCUAUGAAUAGGAAAGAUGUGUGGAAGCAGGCUAUUUGUGAACAUGUGUGCCAGCCCCAAUCCCGCCUUUAAAGGCUUUUUAAAGGAUUUUCCUUCUUUGUUUUAUCACUGCAAAUCAGCCACCAACAACUUGGAGCGCUUCUGGCGGACAUCCAAAAAUCCUGCCUCACGUAUGGUACAUUAUUACAUCAUGUCGCAUGUCACUUCAAGCAUACUGUAGUUUGAAGACUAGACUGGGUGAUUCCUCCUGUGUGUGAGCCCCUGUUGCCAGUCAGUCAGGUAGUGUGAAAACAAACAACAAGACAGCAAGCUGUGUAGUGUGAAUAGUACAGGAAACUAGUGACUUUUUCUUGUAGUGGGAAUUUAGCCUAAACGAACAUGCCCAGCCAAGACAUUGUGCUUACCAGUAUCUAUGUAGUCGUUCAGAGGUGUGAAGCUUUAUAUGUCCACAGCACAAAUUGGACCGUUCUUAUGGAGAACUAAAAAAAAUGCAAAAAGGAAUAAGGAUAUCACCUUUUUUGUCAGAAUGCCUGUAUCUUCAGUGUUUUUUUCACUCCUUGAAUGUGUUAUCAUGGUUGUUAUUUUGUGUUCUUUGAAGGGAGGUUGGUGCGUUAGAGCUUUUUAGAGUGAACUAGAUCAGGGCUCGGCUGACUGUAUUUCAUGUGGCUGCAUAGUGCAGGUUGUCAUGGAGUUGACAGCACCCACAACAAGCUUAUUUACUUUAUGAGAAUGACACAUCAUCAGUUAAAUCCAUGAUUUAUUCAAGACAGCCAAAGGGCCCGCUAGCACGGCGCCUCUGUAAGCACACACUGUUUUCCCCUAAUCCUCUCAAAUGGCUUGUCGCUCUCAUUGCUCGUCUCUUCUGUGAGCCCCUUACGCUCAUACAGAACCACUUGCACUUACUGUACACACACACACACACACACACACACACACACACACACACACACACACACACACACACACACACACACACACACACACACACACGUAUGCUGCUACAAGAGCUAUCCCAAGACACUUUACAGAUAGAGUAGGUAUAGACCACCCUUUAUAAUUUACAAACCACCACCAAUUCCAGUAAUUCCCCCAAGAGCAUGUAUUUAGUGCAACAGUGGUGAGGAAAACUCCCUUUUAGGGAGAAAGCUUGGGUGGUGAGGAAAACUCCCUUUUAGGGGGAAACCUCGGACGAACCCAGGCUCUUGGUAGGCGGUGUAUGACGAUGCUGGUUGGGGGUGUGAUGAACAGUGGGAAUAAUAGUCACAAUAAAGAUGAUGGAACUAUGACUAGAAAUAGUAGUUGUGGUACGUAGUUCAUGGCGUAGCAGGGCACUGCAGGGUAUUACAUGGUGUAGCAGGGCAAAGCAGGGCACUGCAGGGCAUAGCAGGACAUAGCAGGACAUAGCAGGGCACUGCAGAGCGUAGCAGGGUGUAGUAGGGCAUAGCAGGGCGCUGAGCAGGACCACGGUGACAGCUGCAGCCAGGAUUUCGGUGCCAUCCUAAUACAAGGAAAAAACUGCUGGGCGAAAACACAUAAGUACUCCGGGGAAAAAGCUCCCCAGAGCUACGUGACAAGCAUUUCUGGGACAUGGAUGCACAAAGAUGGGAAGUGAGAGGCGAGAGAAGUUCAGUGUGUCAGAGGAAGUCUAAAACUCUAACAGCAUAACCUGAGCCAGUUCUAUAAGGGUUGGUAGAUGAAUCUGACGAAUAUAAAGAGAAGGAGAGAAGAGAAGGGGUGCCGUGUCUGAAGCUAUGCACCCUCCCCCGCCGGUUUAGGCGAAUGCUGCAACUCCUCACUUCCUAACUAUAAGCUUUAUCAAAGAGGAGAGUUUUAAUUUUACUCUUAAAUGUGGUGAUGGUGUCUGCCUCCUGAACCCAGACCCUGAUAACUGAAGGUUCUGGCUUCCAUUCUACUUUUAGAGACUGUAGGAACCACAAGUAAUUCUGUAUUCUGGUAGAGCAGUGCUCUAGUGGGACAAUAAGGUACUAUGAGCUCUUCAAGAAAUGAUGGUGCUUGACCAUUUAGAGCUUUGUACGUCAGCAGAAGGAUUUUAAAUCCAAUUCUGGAUUUUACCUGAAGCCCGGAUAUACAGGAGAAAAUAAUGAUCUCUUAGUUCUUGUCAAAACAUGCACUGCAGCAUUCUGGUUCAGCUGGAGAGUCUUAAGGGACUUAUUUGAGCUUAUUUGAGUAAGGAUAUAGUCCAGUCUGGAAGUAACAAAUGCAUGUAAUAGUUUUUCAGCAUCGUUUUGAGAAAGGAUGCAUCUAAUUUUGGCAAUGUUACGAAGGUAAAAAAAACCGGCUGUUUUUCGAGGUUUGUUUUAAGUGGGCGUCAAAAAUAACUCUUAGAUUUCUGACAGUAGUGCUGGAGGCCAGGGCAAUACUAUCCAGAGUAGCUAUAUCUUGAGAUAAUGAGGUCAAGGGCCAAGCACUUCAGUUUUGUCUGAAUUCAACAUCAGAAAGUUGUAGGUCAUCCAUGAUUUUAUAUCUUUAAUGGAUGCUUGAAGUUUAGCUAACUGACUGGUUUCGUCUGGCUUGAUUGAUAGGUAUAAUUGGGUUCCAUCCACAUAACGUGAAAGUGUAUUGAGUGUUUCCUAAUAAUAAUGCCUAGACAAAGCAUAUAUAAGGUGAAUAGAGUUGGUCCAAGCACUGAGCCUUGUGGAGCGCCAUGUCUAACUUUAGUGCCUGGAGGAUUAACAACAACAAAUUGGCGUCAAUCAGAUGAAUAGGACUUAAACCAGCUUAGAGUGAUUCCUUUAAUGUCAACUAAAUGUUCCAGUCUCCGUAACAGGAUGGUAUGGUCAAUAGUGUUGAACGUAGCACUAAGAUCUAGUAAGACGAGUAUGGAGACAAGUCCUUUGUCUGAAGCAGUUAGGUUGUUAGUAAUUUUCACCAUUGCUAUGAUCCAUUCUAAAUCCUGACUGAAAGUCCUAAAAUAAAAUGUUGCUAUGUAGAAAAUCACAGAACUGAUUAGACUACCUUUAAGGUAAUUGCUAGCAUCCACACUCCCUAUUAACAAUGCACCCUUCCCACUGUGUGCACAAGCUACCUGCAUGAUCAAUAAUGUCCCAUGCUGCAUCACACAAAAUACACUUCAAUGAAAAAAUAGAGAUCCAUUUCAUCUCUUUAGCUUGUGGGAUUUAGACACUCUUUCAGUUUUGAACCAAUUUGUACUGUGGCUGAAAUUGGGUUUUGUUGAGGAAAUGUCUGCCGAUAAAUAUCAUCAUGAAGGCGUCCACUCUGGGAUCUGCGCGUUCUACUGCUGUGUGUAGAGAAAGAAGGCGAUAGAGCUGCAAAGCUAAAGCUCUCUCUCUCUCUGCUAGGCCAAUUCCAGACACUACAGGGGGGGACAAGGCACCACCAUAAUGUGUUUCUACACUGACAUGAUCCUUAAUAAUACGUCUUCUCCAUGUAGAUUUGAAAAGAACACUGGCUAUUGAUUCUACAUGCCUCAUUUUCCCUCACUAAUGCAUACUUAAUUGCAUUUAGAUUUACAAAAAGACGCUGCAAUGGCGUUGCCCUCAUCAUAUCAGGGUGCAUUCUGUUCUAAACAUAGCACAGUCAGUGAAUGCCUUAAAAUGAAACUGAAUCCAUAUAAAACAAGACUUUAGUCUUUCUGGACUGCAUUGUGUUUUUACAUUCAGGGAAGGAGGUUGCGUCAGGAGUGUGUGUCUGUGUGCCACUGUCUGUGAGUCCCUAGAAAGGCUGGGGGUUUAUUUGGGCUAACAGGAAGAAUAGAAAAGUAUGGAUCACAGCACAUGAGCAUCCAUACGUUGAAACCAGUUAAAAAGGGGCUUUUAUGAGAGAAUGAGAGAAGAAAGACGAAAAAAAUCCAUGUAUUGCUUGAGGGCUGGUGGAAGAGAUCCACUUUGAUGUGCCUGCCACCAAAAAAUCUCAAGAAACAGAACAAGAGGAUGUCUGAAACAAGUUAACCUGUGGCUCUGUGUGUUUGUUAGCAAAUCAUACCGCCUUAUUCUCACAGAAAACACAGAUAUACACAGUUAGGAAUUCAUCUUAAACCUUAAAAUGACACUCUGAUUUCACAAACCAGUUUGAAACCCAUGUGCUGCAUUCAUUACGGGCUCCCCCCCUCCAGGCAAACAGCGCUUACAUUUUGACACCAUUCUCCUCAGCACUCGCUGCCUGUUAGUUUUGAUACUGUUGCUAGGGAACUGUCCCCAAAGAUGCGGUUCCACAGGUUUGUGAGUUGGAAAGGUGAUAUGCCGUUCGUAAUACAAAUGCUAAUAGCCUUAAGGGAAGCAAGAGUGAGCGCCCUUCUCCUCUUCUUCCCUUCCACCUCCAUUGAAGUCUGUUUCUGUUCAGCUGCUGAAAAUAGUCAUUAUCAUCUUUUGAAUUCAUCUCCACACCAGCAUCACUUAAGAAUUUGUUCUGGUGAAGCUCUCACAAGUCAGAAUAAACAGCAGCCGCUCAACUCAUGGGUGAAAAAACAAACAAACAUGACAAGCAAUGUUUAUUCAUAGACAUUACAUUUAUUGGUGUUCACACAUCUCAUUAGGCAUUGAUGAUCACACUUUUAUUUACAUACUUUUGUAUGUGGGUACACAAAAUGAUGUAACAGGGACCACGUGUGAAAAAAAGAGGAAGAACUCCCAACGUUGGUCGUGUUUUUUUGUUUUAAAAAAUAUAUCGGAGGCAGACUGAAUUAAAUACACUAUGUGGUUAUUCACAGAUUGUCCCCGUGUGUCACUCUGCUGAUGUUUGACACUCAUCUCCUUGACUAUGUGAUUAUCUGAAGUCUGAUCCAUGUACAUGUUUAUAUACUGGUAGUGGCUCCCUAUAUUCCCUACCCACGCUGAAGUAUACCCUGUUCCCUGUGGCGUGACUGAAGCUGUGUGACUGAA